UUGCUUUCAGUUCAUCCAGCUUCUCUUGCCUUCAUCUUGCUCCAGAGCUUCGAGUCCUUUCAUUCUUUCAAGGAAAGAUGGAUGUUGAGCAGGCACUCCUGGAUGGGUUCGAGAAGGGCAUUUCGCUGGGCCUGAAGAUGAUCCCAGUUGUGGGCUCCUUCGCGCAGGCCAUAUUCGGGCAGUUGUGGAGCAUAGCGCUUGCACCCCGCACCGCGCAGCAGAAACAAGCCGCCAUGGAUUCGCUGUUCGAGGCGGUGGAGAAGAUGAUCGAGCAAGCUCUGGCUAAAAACAUUGCGGAUCAAGCAAGAGCUGCGAAUGCCACCAUCUCCCAGCUGGGCCAGGACUACUACGUCUCCGUCGCGGCCUUCCAGGCCAAUAACUCGGUCGGCACGCGCAACAUCGUGGUGCGAUUCGAGCAGUGCAAGGCCCAACUCCUCCAAAUGCUCAAUCUCUUCUCGCAGCCCAGCUACAUGAAGCAUACACUCCUCUCUUACGGAUCCGCGCUCACAUUGUACACAACGCUGCUCCGCGAGAUGAUCCUAAGCGCCAAGGUUUGCGGCUUCACCGCCUCGGAAGUGGCCGCUUUCCAGAGAGACAUCAAUGAUUGGAUCAGAUUCUCGCUCAACCAAGUCAUGUUCGAUGCUCUCUCCAAGCUGGUAAGGGAAGGGGGCGAAUUUAAGUACCCCGGUAUGGCCAACGUCGCCAAGAGCCUCUUCGAGAUCUCUGCAGGCUUGAUGAACUUCCACACUGAAUGGCACAACGGUGCAGCUUGCCUGAUCGCGAACAACCACCAGGUGUAUUCGGAUUGCGACUUUGUGGAUACCAAGGCGCACUACCAGCUGAACUUCCGGCGCAGGCCCGGUGACGGGUGGAACUAUCACGAGAUGCCGCAGGUGUUCGUCAGUGGUCGUCCGGCACUCCAUAUCUACACCAAGCUUGAGCAGGAGAUUCAUGUAGCGCGCUUCGCGUUCGAGGAGGACAACGUGGAAAUGAAAUUCCGGGCGUACUACAUGGUUGAUCAUGACGACUUCGACUCUUGGCAAGUGUUGGUGACCGUGGGCAGCGGUUUCAAACCUGUGGAGCUUCAGUUCAACCUCAAUAAGCGUCAAUCCUCCAUUGUAUCCUUCCCAUGGGUGAAGAUGUACUACCCCGGAAAUCCUCUGGCCACCCAGUUUGACAAGUUUAGGACCAACAUGAGCGUCUAUUAUGACGAGUACAGUUCGUUUAAGCCAUUAAAAAGCAGGUCUUACCACAUCACCACUAAGGCUGCUGGGCCUGCAACCAAGAAUUACUACUUGAUCGCAUUUGAAGUUGUGCCCGCGAAGGCUCCAAAGCUGCCAUGGCUGUGAUAUGAAGAUUAAGAAUCUACUAAAAUAAAAUUGCCUUAAGAACA